AUGCCAGCAUAUAACUCCACAUUUAUAAGUGAUGAAGCAGCUGAUAGUAGAGUGAUUGGAAAUUUAAUAUUAUUACCAAUUCAUACUAAAUUCAGAGGUCCGGCUUAUCCCCCAAAUCAAGAAUAUGAUAUAAUUGAAGAAACUCUUGAUUUAUUCCGAGCCAAUUCAUUUUUUAAAAACUUUGAAAUUAAAAGUAGUUCUGAUCGUUUAUUAAUUUAUGGAAUAUUAUUUAUAAGUGAUUGUUUAAAUAAAUUAACUAAAACUACCAAUUAUAAAGAAGCAGUUAGAAUUUUAAAUAAUUUAUCGUUAGAAAGUUUUAGUUUACCUGGGGAUAUUGGAUUCCCAUUAAAUUCAUUAUAUCAAGGACCAGCCAAUAAAAGUGAAAGUGAUUUAUUAAGAUCUUAUUUACAACAAUUUAGACAAGAAUUAGCUGAUCGAUUAUUAACUAGAAUCUAUAAAGAUGAUGAAAAUAUCCCAAGUAAACAUUGGUUAGCAUUCACCAAGAAGAAGUUUAUGAAUAAGAAUUUAUAA